AUGUUUCUGGAUGAGCGGAUAGUAACCCUAUUCAAAAGGAAUGCCCAUCACACACUGACUUAUUGGAGCGUUUUCUUCAGCUUUGGACUUUGCAUUGCUUUUCUUGGACCUACAAUUCUGGACUUGCAAUGUCAAACACAGUCAACGCUUAGUCAGAUUACCUGGGUGUUCUUCGCCCAGCAGUUUUGCUUGUUGAUUGGCAGCUCAGUUGGUGGUGUUUUCAAGAGGACGUUGUUCAGCGCUCUGUCUGCUCUAUUUGUCUCGGCUCUCAUCAUCUCUGUUAUAUUUGCCAUCAUCCCUCUGUGCAAUAAUGUGCUUGUGUUGGCUAUUGCCAUGGCUGUGUCUGGUUUGGCGAUGGGUAUCAUUGACACUAUUGCAAAUAUCCAACUGGUGACCAUCUAUCAGAAGGACUCAGCUGUUUUCUUACAGGCUCUUCAUUUCUUCAUUGGAUUUGGAGCCCUGGUGAGCCCACUGAUUGCAGAUCCUUUCCUCUCGGAGACAGGCUGCGGGAAUCACACAGGGAAUGGGACUGAGAUCAUGCAUCAUUUCAGAAGCAUGCUGAGAAACAGUCCAAUUGCAGAGCACAACAUAACUCAGAGCAACACGCCCCAGGAGGCAUGGGAAGAGGAGUCCAUUGUGCACUAUGCUUUCUGGAUCAUGGCACUUAUCAAUCUGCCUGUGCCCAUUGCAGUCCUGUUCCUGAUGUAUAGGGAACAGCUGAUUCCAUGCUGUCCCAACAGUACACCUCGUCUUCUCGACAAAGAUGAACUGGCAAUGGAGAACCAGCAGGGGCCCGAGGGCUCAAACGUGGAACAAACAGAACAUGAGGCUGGAGGUCACGGGGAUAUCUUUAGCUGCUGUCAGAAUGAUAACCUGCGUGGUUUGCCAGUAUCCUUCUUUAUGAUUCAUAUCCUUGGCGGGAUGGUGCUUUUUAUGACCGACGGUAUUGUGGGUGCAUAUGCUGGCUUUGUGUACACCUAUGCUGUGACCCCGCCUAUUGCACUGCCCCAUAAGACAGCAGGUUACCUGGCCAGUAUCUUCUGGGCAGCAAUCACUGUGGGACGUCUAGUAUCCAUUCCUCUUUCAUAUCGUUUCCAGCCAGUGAGACUGCUCAUGUUCAACCUGGCAGGUGCCAUUGUGACUGUGUUGAUGUUGCUCAUUUUCUACACCAGCAGCGUCUUUCUGUUUGUUGGGACUUGUUUAUGUGGACUUUUCCUCAGCAGUAUCUUCCCCUGUAUGCUCGCGUAUACUGAGGACAUCCUUGAUUACCAGGGAUGUGCAACCUCAGUCUUGGUAACAAGCGCAGGGAUGGGGGAAAUGGUAAUGCAGGUUCUGGUUGGCUCGAUUAUCCAGACUGAAGGCAGCUACAGCUUCCCGCUGUGUGGAAUGAUAAUCGCCUGCCUUGGCUUUAUCCUCUUCAUUGGACUCCUACUGUUCCAUCGAAUGCACAGAAACUACCUCACAGGAACUAAGAAGAAGUCAGCCAUGGUGGAGGAGGCAGCCCCCGAGCAAAAUGGAUCUGCAAAAACAGAACAGACAGAGGAGAAAGAUAGUAGCUGA